ACUCAAUGUACUAAGCGAAACUGAGGGAAAGAACACCGUGGACUCUGCGGCUCGCUGUUUACUUAACUAGCUAGCAGUAGCUAACGUGUUUCUUACAUGCAUUGCCGGCCUAGCUGAACAAGACAGUUAUUGUUUUUAGACCGAAAAGUAGUCAGCUGUUAAACCAUGACGGAGCCACAGUCUGCACUGUUACUUAGGAGACAGCUAGCAGAACUGAAUAAAAACCCCGUGGAAGGUUUCUCGGCCGGUUUAAUAGAUGACAAUGACCUUUACCGAUGGGAAGUACUAAUAAUUGGUCCUCCUGAUACGCUUUAUGAGGGAGGAGUGUUUAAAGCACAUCUCACAUUCCCAAAAGAUUAUCCACUCCGACCCCCAAAAAUGAAGUUUAUUACGGAAAUUUGGCACCCUAAUGUUGACAAGAGUGGUGACGUAUGUAUUUCUAUUUUGCACGAGCCCGGAGAGGAUAAGUAUGGCUAUGAGAAGCCCGAGGAACGCUGGCUCCCUAUCCAUACGGUGGAAACCAUCAUGAUUAGCGUCAUUUCCAUGUUAGCCGAUCCUAACGGAGACUCCCCUGCUAACGUGGAUGCAGCAAAAGAGUGGAGGGAAGACCGAAAUGGAGAAUUCAAAAGGAAAGUUGCUCGUUGUGUAAGAAGGAGCCAAGAGACUGCGUUUGAGUGACGUUCGUCCAGCGGCUUGUAGCUUCACCUCACUUUUCAGGGUCUCCUGUUGGGAAACGGCACGGCACUCUUUCACUCCACGCUGCUGCUGCCGGUCUGGUCCUCACCGAACACCCGGCGGGCACAGGGCGGCAGAGCAGUCCGCGGUGGAUUAAUGGCAGUCACGGUCGCUGACAGAGAAACUGAGAAAGUGCCAACCCUUAAAAAAAAAAAAAAAAAAACUGGGAAAAAAAAAAGAUUCUGAAGUCUAAUGAACUGCUUCAACUUUCAGGAAGAAUUGUAAAGACCUGUACAUAGCACAAACAUUAAACUGGAUAAUAUAUAAA